UUCAGUUAUUCCUGGUUUUGUUUACCUUCUUACCCUUCCCAUGGUUACAGGUCGUGACUCCUGAGAAGAAGAGCCUUCACGUCCAAUCACUAAAAAACAUGAUGUGAAACGGUUACAAAAAAAAUUUGAAGCCUAAAUAAUUGUUGUAGCUAGCCUCGUGUUAAUAGGGAUUUUGAGUUUAAUGUUGGUUGUUUUUGGUGAACUCUGCGUACUCUUUUGUUCAAAUCUAGCGUAGUUUGCAUGUGGUUUUGUGAGAAGAGUUGAAUAUUAGGACAGGCACGUUGUUGGGGUUGGGGUUGGGAUUUUGUGUGGGCCCUUUGGAAGAAAUGAUGGAAACACCGUCUUCGAAUGGAUCAGUUUCGAAGCGUUCGCUGAGGAGGAAGGUGAAUUUGCGGAACUAUGAUGAGGAUCUGAUGGAUGAGUUGUUUGAGAAGCAGUUGGGAGGUGGUUUGAAGAAGAGGAAUAGGACCAAAGAGGAUAUGGAGAAGGAGACUGAGGUCGAGGCCAUGAUUGCGAUUUCGCUUGGUUUCCCCAUUGAUGCUUUGCUUGAGGAGGAGAUUAGAGCUGGGGUUGUGAGGCAGUUGGGUGGGAAGGAGCAGAAUGAUUAUAUUGUUAUAAGGAAUCAUAUAUUGGCUCUGUGGAGGGGGAAUGUGAGGUUGUGGUUGAGUAAGGGGAUGAUUAGAGAAACUGUGAGUAAUGAGUAUGAGCAUUUGAUUAAUUCUGCUUAUGACUUCCUUUUGUGUAAUGGAUAUAUAAAUUUUGGGGUUUCACCAUCGUUUAUGUCUCAGUUGCCUGAGCCGACUGAAGGGACUGUGGUUGUUAUUGGUGCUGGCCUUGCUGGGUUGGCAGCAGCGAGGCAGCUCCUAUCAUUUGGUUUCAAGGUUGUGGUUUUGGAAGGCAGGAGCCGGCCUGGUGGUCGAGUUUAUACUCAGAAGAUGGGGCGCACGGGUAAAUUUGCCGCCAUUGAUCUUGGCGGGAGUGUUAUCACUGGCAUUCAUGCUAACCCUUUAGGGGUUCUGGCUCGACAGCUUUCUAUACCACUUCAUAAAGUCAGAGAUAAUUGCCCUUUAUAUAAGCCAAAUGGGGCACCGGUUGAUCAGGAAAUGGAUGCAAGCGUUGAAUUCGUAUUUAAUAGGUUGCUUGACAAAGUUAUGGAGUUGAGGCAAAUUAUGGGUGGGUUUGCAAGUGAUACCUCCCUUGGUUCAGUCUUGGAGACUCUCAGGCGUUUGUAUAAUGUGGCCCGAAGUACUGAUGAGAGGCAGUUGCUUGAUUGGCAUCUUGCGAAUUUGGAAUAUGCAAAUGCUGGGUGCCUCUCAAAUCUUUCAGCAGCCUAUUGGGAUCAGGAUGAUCCUUAUGAAAUGGGUGGUGAUCACUGCUUUCUUGCUGGAGGCAAUUGGAGGUUGAUUAAAGCUUUAUGUGAAGGAGUUCCUAUUUUUUAUGGAAAAACCGUUAACACUAUCAAAUAUGGAAAUCAGGGUGUUGAGGUUAUUGCUGGGGACCAAGUCUUUCAAGCAGAUAUUGUCUUAUGCACUGCCCCUCUUGGAGUUCUGAAAAAGAAGGCCAUCAGUUUUGAACCCGAAUUACCUGCAAGGAAACUGGCAGCAAUUGAGAGGAUGGGGUUUGGGCUGCUGAACAAAGUUGCUAUGGUUUUUCCUUAUGUGUUUUGGGGGGAAGAUCGAGACACGUUUGGAUGUCUCAAUGAAUAUACUCAUCAACGUGGGGAAUUUUUCCUAUUUUACAGUUACCAUACAGUUUCUGGAGGUCCAGCACUUCUUGCACUGGUGGCUGGUGAAGCUGCACAAGCCUUUGAAUCCACAGAUCCUUCCAUUUUGCUCCAUCGGAUUUUGACUGUUUUAAAAGGAAUAUUUCAUCCUAAGGGCAUCAUUGUUCCUGAUCCAAUACAGUCAAUUUGUACAAGAUGGGGCAGCGAUCCCUUUUCUUAUGGUUCAUACUCUCAUGUUAGUGUGAACUCAUCCGGCAAUGAUUAUGAUAUACUUGCAGAAAAUGUGGGGAACCGGCUGUUCUUUGCUGGUGAGGCCACAAGCAGGCAAUAUCCAGCAACUAUGCAUGGUGCUUUCUUGAGUGGCUUGAGGGAAGCUUCACGCAUUUACCGAUCAGCCCGGCUUCAGCAAAACAAUCCUAGGAAGUUCAUGACAAAGAAUAUUGGACCAAACAAUGAUGUACUGGUUGAUUUAUUCAAGAGGCCUGAUUUGGAAUCUGGGAAAUUUUCUUUCAUAUUUGAUUCUUCAUCAGAAAACCUGCAGUCAAUGGGGCUUCUGCAAGUCACUUUUGGUGAUGCUGAAGAAAGUUACAAGGAGCUGUUAAACAGCUACCCAAAUUCCAUAAAGUUGCCAUUGCAGCUUUACACUAUAAUAUCUCGUGAACAGGCGCAGAAGCUACAACAAAUUGAGGGAGGGGAUGAAAGCAGGUUAUCAUUUUUGGUAAAAAGCCUUGGCUUGAAGCUUAUGGGGUCAAAUGCUUUGUACAAUGCAGGUAACUCAUUAAUAGCAACUAUUGCUUAUUCGCGAAAAGGGCGGGGGAGGAACCGCAUGAUUACCUGGUAAUACCAUGUCCUGAAGAGACAUCAGUUUGUGCAUCAUGUGUUGAAUUGAAACCUUGUGCUAUAGACACCCUUACAAAAGAAUUGCUCGAAAUGAGCAUGCCUUUUCUUUUCUGCUUCUGGGGUGCAAAAUCUGUAAAUAACAUAGACUUCUGUAGAUCAUUGAUUUGUUGCGAGAGACAGAAGUUAGUGAGAUAAUUUACUUUCAGAAGGAAAAUCUUCAGUCUCACUUUGAGAUCUUCAGUCAUAGAUCAGUUAUGUAACCACAGGAAAAUUAGUUGAAAUUUGAAGACAGAUAUUGGUAGUUAGUCCAAGAGGGGUGAAGAAUUAGUAUACAGAGGGGUACAAUGCCCCCUAUUGUAUCAUUUAUCCAAAUUUGUGCUCAUGUAGAAGUAUGUAGAACUAGAAGUACUUACCCAUACCCCACCCCAUAGAGGACAUUGCUGUUUCUAUUCCCCCCCACCCCUUCCUUUUUUCUGGAGGGCCUUUGUGCCUCACUUGUACUUGUAUUAUAUCAUAUAAUUCUUUCUUUAAUUCC